CAAACAGCGCGCCGCAUUGCCCACAAUAUUGAAUUACACAAACAAUACUAUACUUGAAUGUUGUGCCGCGAGAAGUGAGACAGUUCUUCAGCGAAAUAGGUGUUUCGUGAGAGAGGUGUCCAUCAGAUCCCACUGUCCGCACAACAUGUGAGGGAGGUCCCCGGCGAAUCCUGGGCCACUGCAGUGGAACACACACACGCAACGCAAAACUCCCGAUGGGCUGAGCUGAGGGACAAGCAGCCCAAUUAGCCAGCACUCGUACGACUCGUACGAGAUUUUCGGAUCGUGUACGUCAUCGACGUGCUCAAAAUAAUUUGCAUUGGGAAAGCAAAUACUGUGCAAAAGUCACAAAAGUCAGCGACGGCCACGGCAGCGCAUCUGCAUUAUUCGAUGACGACUUGGCUGCUGUCUGCCAUUACUAUUUAUAUGCCAUUAUACCCGUGCUACUGAGCAAAACAAACAGUCAGCGGCGGGCAGAGGCCAAGAAUCUCAUAAAUGUCAACCGUACGUUAGACGAAAACUAGCCGCGAGUCGCGCGCUAUGGGCAGCCGAGAGAUCCCCGUGAUAGUACCUAACAAAGCACAAAUUUACUUUGCAAAUUGCCUUCCUCCGGCAGAGGUUGAGCUAACCUCGUGAUGUAAGGAAGAGCUCUGCUCUGGGAAAUCAACGAACAAAGCGAUUUGAUAAGACUAUUUUGUCCGACUCGUUCGCCAUGCAGCACAGCACCGCUGGCAGCGAGGAGCGCAUCACUAGCUCCACCAGCAGCCCCCGCUCUGGCCACAAAACGGGCAGCUCUCUCUUCGGGCUGCUGACCAAGCGCCCCAGCAAGGUGGAGCCCCAUCCCGUAACUCCCGAUUCGCCAAGCCUCCAACGACGACCCUUGUCCGCCUGCGGCCACUAUGAUGUGAGCUUCGCCAAGGCCACAGCGGAGCAAGCGGGCAACCAUGUUGCCGUCAGCAGCAGCAACAACAGCAAUAGCAACCACAAAAGCCAAACUCUGCCGCUGGAGAAAUCGCACAGCGGUCUGAUAAGCUUCCACAGGCGGACCAAGCCGCCGUCGAAGAGCAAAGGACAUGCCCACCGCUACAGCAGUGACGCGGGCUCGCAGAGCGAUGGAGGUGCGGACGUUGUGAUGCGUCGCAAGUCGCCCAAGCACCGGUCGCCGAACCACAACCGAUUCAGCCACCAGUUCAGCCUCUGCUGCAAGGCCGAGAAGAAGCCCCUGACGCCACCGGUCACGGUGCGCUACAAUUCCAUACCGGACAGCACCAGCAACAGCGUGCUCCGCCGCGACAACCUAUCGUUGAGCUGGAGCAUGGUGGAUAACAAUUCUGUCUCGAUGAACUCUAGCGAGGGUGGCACAUCGUUUCAGCGACCACGUCUGUCCAGUGAGUGCGCCAGUGCACCAGAGUCGCCCGUCGGCACCAAGACCUUCUUUGCCCAAUGCAGCAACGCCGCUGCCGCCGCCUCGGCCACAGCCGGUGCAUCGGCCUCCGCUGCUGUCGCGAGAAGUGAAAGCAUGCCCCGUUCCCCGAUCCGGCCCAUCGCAGUUUCGGCCUGCCGCUCGCGUCUCCGCCUGAAGCUAUAUCCGCCCGGGAAGGAGCUGCCGCAACUGCACACUGCUGAAGAAUCCACAGAUAUUAAGCGGGCCACAACGCCGCAGCACAUGUCCUCGCCCAACAUAGCCAGCCAGCCGGAUGGGUUUGAGGCGGCUAUGCAGGAACAGCCUGGCGUCCGCUUCAUGUCGCACGAAAACAUGACGCUGCAGAGACAAGGCUCUGGCUCCAACCUCGCACGCCAAGCCCUGGUGGCUGCUCAUGCCCUGAACCUUAUACCUGCCGAGAAGGCACGCGAACGGAGCUACCUGGACGGUCGACUGGGCUCCUCCUCUCUGCUGGGGCCCAGCGAACUGAGCCGCGUCCUUCCGCAGAAGGAAGUCACCAUCUUUGUAGGAACAUGGAACAUGAACGGUCACAGUCCACCCAAACAAUUAAAUGACUUUGUGCUGCCGGCCAAUGUAGAGCAUGUGCCUGACAUAGUUGUUAUGGGAACCCAGGAGUCCACUCCAGACCGCUUUGAGUGGGAAGUCACGCUGCAGGAAACCCUCGGCCCCUCGCAUGUGCUCUUCCAUUCGACCACUCUGGGAACCCUCCAUUUGGCUGUCUACAUGCGACGCGAUCUCAUCUGGUACUGCUCGGCGCCGGAGGAUGCCUCCAUGUCGGUGCGCACCGGCUCUGCUUUCCGCACCAAGGGCGCAGUGGCCAUAUCCUUCUGCCUAUUCGGUACUUCCAUGCUUUUUGUGACCUCCCACUUGACCGCCCACCAGCAGAAGGUGAAGGAGCGGGUGUCGGAUGUGAAGCGCAUAAUUAACGCACUGGAUUUGCCACGCAAUCUGCCCAACCUUCGGCACAAAAACAAGGAUGUGACGCAAAACUUCGACAACGUCUUCUGGUGCGGUGACCUGAACUUCCGACUCGGUGAGCCGCGCGAGAAAUUGAUGGAGUGGAUUCAGAACACAAAGUUCCCGCUUCCGUCGCACUUGCCACACGGUUACAUGCACACGGACCAACUCUCUUCUGUGCUGGCCGACGGUGCCGCCUUCCGUGGGUUCAUGGAGGCGAAUAUAACAUUUCCACCCACUUACAAGUACGACCCGGGUAGUCAGAACUUUGACACCUCCUCAAAGCAGCGUGCUCCGGCCUACACCGACAGAAUCCUCUACAAGUACAGGCAGGUCCAGGGCCUAGUCAUACGUCGCCAGACCAUAAUACCGGGCGUAUCCACGCCGACACAGCCCUAUGUGCAGUGCCUGUUGUACGAUUCGGUACCUUCGAUAACCACAUCGGACCAUAAGCCGGUGUGGGCUCUAUUUAAAACCCUCAUCCGUGCCGGAACUGAUGCGAUUCCCUUGGCUGCUGGAUUGUUCAGUCGGGACAUUUACUUGGAGGGAAUGCGCCGUCGCUUGAAUAACCAAUAUACGGGCGCCUCGGCCGUCUGUGCCAUACAGUAGACUCUCAUUAGCAGCUACUAGCUAGUCAAAGCUGGAGGUGGCUGUUCCGGCAGCUUCCUCCAGCCACCUACUUAGUCAUUUACUCGAAUCUGUCAGCUAGAGACUGGCUGGCAUUUCUACAGUGCUAGUCAAAGCUUUCCUACGGUUGUGUGUCGCCAUUGUAUUACCUAGAUAGGACUCUAGUCUGCAGUCAAAUACCAAAUACUCGUUCGUGACUUGCCAUGCAACGCCGCGGUAGUACUUAGACGCCGCCUUUUGCCUUUCGCCUCGAGGCCUUAGAUCGUAAUACGUUCCUUAUGAAAUGAUUAUGAAUGCAUACUCAGAAACAAUUCUGUACCUCUACUCUAAAGCACAAGCCUAGCGAGUAGUUAAAUUAAAUGUGUUUUAGCUAACUAACGUAGUCCAAAUGUUGAAAAGAGCUCGAAGAACUAUAAAAUACUUUGAUUGUUUAAA